CUCGCCUGGAGGUCUUCAGACUUGACGGUCCAGCCUGCAAAGCCUUGACUUGACGCCUUUAGGAAAAGGUCUCACCACACAACAUGCUCCUCUGGAUGGUUUUGGCUGCUGUUUCCUCUGCAAAUGAUAACAAUAAACGGUGGGUCGUUUAUGAGACGAUGACGAUCUGCGCACUCGAGGGAUCAACUGUGACGAUUAACUGUGAAUACAAAUAUCCAGAAUAUCAUACUGUGAAAAAAGAAAUGUGGUCAUAUGGGCCUGACGCAAACAAGAGAGAUCCUGAUGGAGAAACCCUCGUGUAUCGCACAAAUGAGACUAAAGUGUCCAGCAGUCACUCAAAACGAGUUCAGUUCUUGGGGGACAAAAACAAGAAGACCUGCUCAGUGAAGAUAAGCAACGUGAUCAGAGAGGACAGCGGCUACUACAAGUUUAGAUUUGAGGGGAAAGAUAAAUGGACACAAGUGCCAGGAGUCAACGUGACAAUCACAGAGAAGAGUAACAUAAAUUCUGCAUUGUAUGCCUUCCUGGCCAUUUUUAUCCUGGCUGGAUUUGCUUUGGCGGUUUUCAUAUUUUUAAGGAAGAAGACCAAGAGGACACAUCAGCAAAACGGGGACAUCCAAAGAAACAAAGAGAUUGUCAAAGAUACUGUUUAUCAGGAAAUGUCUGCACCCAAAGAAGAAGAAGGAGAAGAUGAGAAAACUUUGAAUUACAUGACUGUGCAGUUUAAGGCUCACCCUACCAAAAUAAUAAAAGCAAAUGAACAAAACAAGAAGGCUGAAGACAACAAUGGGGGCGUCAUCUACAGCUCAGUAUGUACAAAGUGAUAAGUUGCGUGUCUGCGUCUUUGAACUCUGAGGGUGAAAGAACAACCGGAUUUGAAGGAAAAAUCACAGGACUGUCAGCGUUAGUGUAGUGACAAGCGGAUAUCCAAAAUCUGAGAAGAGAUCGAAGAACACUUUAAUGUCCUCCGUACUGUAAGUGCAUGGCGGCCAGCUACGAUGACUCUGUGACUGUCAUUCAUGUCCAUUCUGUUGUAAUACAGCCAGGGUUGUUAAUGUGGCUCGAGAU